AUGGAUAUGAUAUCCUCAACUUUCGAUAACCAACAAACUGAUGUUGAAAUGCAAUGUGAAGACCAAGAGUACCAAGAGGCAAGUGCUGAUGCAAAUGCAACAUCUAGAGCAUCAUCUCAGGCGAAGAAGGUGAAGAAGAUGGUUGUGCCAAGGUCUCGUGUGUGGAAGCAUUUCAGCAGUAUCAAAGAGACUAGAGACAAGUGUAUUUGUCACCAUUGCCAGAAGAUCUUCUCAUGUGCAUCCAAGUCAGGAACUUCUAACCUGAAGCAGCAUCUGCAAAUUUGCAAAGAACACAAAGCAUGGUUAACUAGUCAGAAAAAGAAUCAACAGCAGAUUGGUAAUGGAGGAAACCUGAUGGCAUCCAAAGUGACUGAAGCGCUUUUCAGACAAGCUUGUAACGUGCUAGUGGUUAACCUGUUCAAGCCCCACUCAAGAAGGACUUUGACAAGGAACAUUGAGGAGAUGUUUGUGAAAAAGAAAGAAGCACUGAAGAACUUGCUCUUCACGAGUAAACAAAGAGUUUCACUUACCACUGAUAUUUGGGUAUCUCAAGUGACAUGUGCAAGUUAUAUGGUUAUCACUGCACAUUUCAUUGACGAUCAGUGGCAGCUGAAGAAGUUAAUCACUGGCUUCAAGUAUGCCAUGGAUCACAAAGUAAACGGACAGUCACAAGUGCCUCCUGGCAUUAGGUUUCACCCGACUGAGGAGGAGCUCUUGGAGUAUUACCUCCGCAAGAAAAUCUCUAACAUCAAGAUUGAUCUCGAUGUUAUCCGUGAUGUUGAUCUCAACAAGCUCGAGCCUUGGGAUAUUCAAGGUUCAUCAUUUAUCUUUUACUAG